AUAUGAGCUGUGCCAGGUCGAGGUGGAGCAGGGCAGAUUCUCUUCCCUUCGUCGUGAGGUCCAGAGGGACGAGGAGGAGAGCGAGACACAGCGAGGCUGGGAGGCCAAUCAGAGGCUUCAGAAGGAAGAGGCAGCCAUGCGAAGAGCAGAACUCCGGAAACAGCUAGACAGAAAGAAACAAAUGAACUCCUUCAAGGAGCAAGAGGUGCAACAUCGAAAGGCAGUGGAAGACGCAGUGAAGAACCACAAGAAAGCUGUUCGGUUUCUGAAGGAGACAACGAGCAGAAUUCAUCAGAAAGAAACUGAGAAAGAAUUACGAAGCCGAGAGGAGAUGGAAAGGCGGACGCAAGCUGUUUUGUCACUGAAAAGCAAGAUCACAGCUACCAAAGAAAAUAUUUGUGCUAUGCAGGCCCGUGAUCAAGCAAAAGCUGCAGUGCAGAAGGAAGAGGAGAGACGGAUCAGAGAGUCAGUGAGGAGAGAAGGAGGGGACGUCACCAAAUACAUGUACCAACAAAAGCGGCUGCAGGAGUUUGAGAGACAGAAACAGGCGUUCGAGGAGCAGAAAAAGUCCCGCAAGGUAGAAAUCCUCUCUAAGAUCCUGCAAGAAGAAGCCCAGAUGGAAAAACGCAAGAAACUCCUGCCUGAUCUUUUUCCAAAAAUGCAGAAAAGCCAGGACUUCAUGCCAGAGUCUGGGAAGCCUAGUGAUAAAUUACUGCAGUACUUAGAGAUGACUUAUGGGGAGGCAGAUGAUGAAAAUUAUAGACCCAAUUGGCGUUCCCCAUCCCCAAUGUCCGAGGAUGGUGUCCCAAUAUCAGGAAAAGGGUCAUCUGGUCCUGAUUUAUCACCUGGCUCCCAAGACUACACUGAGGAUGGAGACAGUAAAGAAGAGGCAGAAGAAAGCCUUGCUCAGCCUGAAUUCACAGGAUUAUGGGAUCAGAAGCACAAGACAUACAAGAUAGCUGGAAACUACUCAGAACUGGUCAGGCAAGUUUUUCUUCCUAGUUUUGUUGUGGCCGUACAAAAGCUCAAGUUUCUUGUCUUUUAUAUGUGA